UUUUGUUUUGAUUAAAAUUGCUGUAAUUCUUUUAUAAUCCUCUCAAAAUUAAGGCGCACUACUCUGUUUGAAUUUCUAGAUGUUACUUUCGUUUCCAUGAUUAAUUUCUCUAACUCCACCAUUUGAGUUGUGAGAUAAUUGUCAUAUUUCAAGCUUGCUAAACGAAAGGAAAAGUUCCUAAGUAUAAUUUUGUCAUUUAGCUAUAAAUGGUAAGUUUCUGUGUGACUUGUGUUUAAAUUUAAUGGAUACAUUUUAUAAUAAUCAUUGAUUGAAUCAUUCAUUCAUUGAAAAGAUUAGAAUUGUACAGCUAAAGAAAAGAGUAAAGACUAAAGAAAGACUAAACAGACAGAGUAAACUGUCUUAGUCUUACUAUUACUAUUACUAUUCCUUUUGCGUCCUACUCAGUCUUACUCUUUAAACUAAAAUCAAAAAUAGAACAUACAAGUUAAAUUAAUAAAUAAUACAAUUAUUAAAAUUAAAGUACAUUUAACUUAAAAUUUAAUAAAGUUAAAGUGCCGUUAUUUAACUGCGUUAAAGAAAUUAAGAUUUAGAAUGUGAGGAUUCAGCUAACAAAAAUCUUAAAAUUUUAUUUUCUGAUCCCACACUGUGAUGUGCUUAGGAUACACACAUUCUCACAUAGUCACAUUCACAAUGAUUGUGACAAUAUAUGAUAUGGACAACAGCCAGCAGCGCAGUCAUGAUAGUAGCUACAGUUGAAAAGUGAAUCCAAUGUCACUGACAUUGUCAAUAGAAAUCUGUGUUUUUAUCUUCAUUUCAUUAUCGUUGAGACUAAGACUUAUAGAGUGUAAAUAAGGGAUUACCUAAAAUCUCCACCUACGCUCUCUCCAUAAUUUUGUUGGCAUAAGGUGGCAGGACAAAGUCCUUGAUUCAUAAGUCCUAGAUUCAUAAGUCCUACAACAGACUGACUUUAUCAGCAUCCACACAUUCCUACAAAAAGGACAAGCCAGACGGGCAGGGCAUGUUGCGACAGUAGAAUUCCUUAACAACUAUUGCUCGGUGAACUCUCCAGAAAGAAACGCUCUGCUGGUGGGCAGAAAAAAAUGCAUAAAGGACUGUUUAAAAGAUUCACUCAAAUCCAUGGAUAUCGACCUAAAUAUGUGAGAAACACUUGCUAUGGAUCGUACAAGCUGGCAGACUCCUCGCUGUUAGAGCCAAAUCCCUAGAGAGCACAAGCACCUCUCAUGCGCCAAAGCUUUCCAGUCAAAAAUAGGACUGGCAAGCCACUUGUCUACUCACCGUUGAAAAUAGCCAAGGUCAUCUUCUCAUGCAAGGAAGAAGAAAAUGUUAAAAUCCCAAAACUUGUAAAAACCUGUUUUUUUUUAGGCCUUUACAGACAGUAUGAGUUCCAAAGAUACUGUUGUCUCACAUUUCAAUCACUCUUAGUCAGUGUUUAUUGAAAUAAGCAGCUUUUAAAUUUUUACAGGAAUGCUAUUUGUUUCUUUUUUUUCUUCCCAUUUUCCAUCAGGUUUUCCCUAACUAUUUUUGUUGUUGUUUCCUUCUAUAAUUAUGAAAAUAACUUGAAAGUUGUAUACUAAAAAUAAGAAACUCAACUCAAAACUCUUUUUGUUGAUUUUAUAUAUUUAUAACUUGUUUCUAGAACAUAAACGGGAAGUUACUUGUUUACUCCAGUUGACAAUAUCUAGCCAGUCAGUGUUUCCCAAAAUUUUCUAUACUUCCCUAAACAAAUUUUUUUACUAGUCUUGCACCCCCAACAAAUUUUUUACUAAGGCUUGCACCCCUUUCCUACAAAAGUAACAGUGCAUUUUAAAAUAAUGGAUUCUUAAUUUAUUUAUUGAAUUUUUAUUACAAGAGAACUGUAGCACUUUAAAUAUAAAUUUCCGACUUAUGACACAAAGGAAAAUAUUAAUGAAUACAUUAAAAAGCUAAUGCAUGUUGUUUGGUUUUUAAUAGUUGUAGGAUUUGGGUUAGGGCCAAUGUUCCCUCUAAGGUUUGCUGGUUUGUGUGCAAAAUCAUACAGUUAUGUGCAAAGUUUUAAGCAUCAAUUUUUUUGUGUGCAAAAUUUUACAGCCCACAAACACACACUUAGUGGAAAUUUGCAGCGCAGAUACUCAAAACUGUUGCGCUGCAUCUGUGAGUUAGCUGCGCGGCCAAGCAGCCGCGUAGCUUAAAGGGAACAUUGGUUAGGGCUAGGGAUUAAUUUAAAUUUCAAAAGUAAUUAGUGUCACACAAUGCCUGUGACUUCAGCCUACUAGAGAGUUACCAUUUUCUUUUUUCUUAGGCAGUUACUCUUCAAACAGAUAUUGGAGAUUUGAAACUGGAGCUUUUCUGUGAACAGUGUCCUAUAACUUGUGAGGUAAGUGUUUAUUAUUGUAAAAAUCAUUUACUUUCAAUGUUAAAAUUGUUAAUAGAGAAGUUUAUUUUAUUCUAAUAGUAAUGUUACAGGAAAAAUUACAAUUCCAUUUGGAACCUAAUCGAUUUAGUGUAAUUUUUAAUUUUUUUUAUUUUUAAAGAAUUUUCUUGCUCUCUGUGCAAGCGGUUACUAUGACAACUGUUUGUUUCACCGAAAUAUUGCUGGUUUUAUGCUACAGACAGGAGAUCCCACAGGUAUUUUUUAUUGCUUGCAAUUAGUGGUUUUAACCCUGGAAAGAAUGUAAUUUUAAACAUUUACAUUAGGGUAAUAUAGACUUAUGCUAUUAGUUUCAAAUAUGGAAACUUUGUGAACUUAUUUAUUUAAUUAUCAAAGCUAUAUAAAUUUGUAUUAAAUUUAAAGGUACUGGCAAAGGAGGCAAAAGUAUCUGGGGAGGAAAAUUUGAAGAUGAAUUCAGGGAAAAUUUGAAGGUAUUUAUUUUCUUUUAUGCAAUUUCAUUGGCGAUAAUGAUUUAAGUUUUUGUUGUUGUUCCCUUUGAUACUGUAAACUUAUAAAUUAAUGCCAUACUCCCUUUUAAAAAUUUAAUUUACUAUACAUCAUUUGUUUUGAUCUUCCUGGGGAGGGGUACUAAUUACAAUUUCUGGAUUCCAGUUUUAAAAGAGGAAUCUCAAUGUAAACUUCAAGAUGACCAACAGAAUUAACUCACUUUAUUAGUACUAUAGUACCCUGCCUCAGGAAGAUCAUCACAAACAAGUUUUCUCUGAUCUUUGCUAUUAGUCUAGUUCUAUGGACAUUUAUAACAUCAUUGUUACUAUUGUUAUGGUAACUUUGUGAAUGUUGUGUCUUUUUCACUGUCCUUGAGUUUCCUUCAAAUAAACAGGGAAGCGAUUUCAUUUAGUCAAAAUUGUAUGUUCCUGGUGUGUCCCAACCAACCAGAAUCCACUGUAAUUGAUAUUUUUCAACACAAUGAAACCCUAUUUUCCUGCAGCACAGCACCAGAGGAAUAGUCUCAAUGGCCAACAAUGGCCCGGACACAAAUGCUUCUCAGUUUUUCAUCACUUACAACAAACAGCCUCACUUAGAUAUGAAAUAUACAGUUUUUGGAAGGUAACAAUUUUAACUAUUGCUCAAAUGCAAAAGAAACAAAUUAAUUACAAUAAAACAAAGGAAUAUGAUACAUUCCUACAUUUAUCAUGUCUUAAGUAAGCAAAAUCUGACAAUUUUCAUUUUAACCAAGGUAAUAUUUAAAAUUUCUUUGAAUACAGGGUCAUCGAUGGUUUUGAUACCCUGGAUACUUUGGAAAAAUUGCCAGUCAGUGAGAAGGGAUACAAGCCUUUGACAGAAACAAGACUACGGGAAGUGACAAUACAUGCUAACCCAAUAGCAGAAGCCGCUCAGCAGUAGUGCACAAGAUUUGAAAUAGUUUUGUUGAUGUACAUAAAGCUUUUUUUACAAGAUGAUGGUCUUAUUGAUUUUAUUAAAACAUUUUGGUAACAGAGAUAAGAAUUAUUCAAUAUCUUACUAUGAAACUGAAAGUGUGUGAGAUUUUUAAAUAUUAAUUAAUAAAGUUGUUAUGAAAUUUUAAAAAAAUGAUUAUCUGCAAGCUCCUAGAUUAGUGCAAAUAUAUUAAAAUGUCAUCCUGAGAUAUGGACAUUUGAAGUUUAUAAUGUGGGG